ACCACGUGGUACUAGAAUCACAUCAAUUAAAACAACAGAUAUUGAAAACUUAGAUUGGUUUACAUGGACAGGUGUAUUAGGACUUGUUUGUGAAGGUAUUUGGCCACCAUGUUCAGAUAUAACUGAUGUUAAUUCAACUGAUUUAACGAACGAUAAAAAGGUCUUAGCAACUGGUGAUGAUUUUGGUCUUGUAAAAUUAUUUGAUUUUCCAGUUAAAGGAAAAGCUGCUAAAUUUAAACGAUAUACUGGUCAUAGUGCUCAUGUCACUCGCGUACGUUGGACAUGUGACGAUUCUUAUUUAAUAUCAAUUGGUGGUCGAGAUGUUGCUGCAUUAGUUUGGAAACAUGAACAUAGAAAUACUGAUAUUGCUUCAAGUACAAUGUCAAAAACUACUGUUAAUAGUGUACGAGCAACUCCUUCAUCUACUCUUGCUUCUCAACCAGAACGACCUGUAAGUGAUGAUUCAGAUAAUACAGAUUCAGAAGAAGAAGGUUAUGAUUCUGAUGUUCAACAUGAUCGAAAUAUGGAUUAUAAUGCUCGAAUUCUUAUUAAUCCAGUUCGAACAAAAGAUGAUAAAAAAGAAAUACGGAGACCACCAACUACAACAAAUCGUCGACCAAUGCAUCUGAAAGUAAAAACAACACAACAAAAAGUUAAAGAUGAAUUAGCACUUGUUAAAGUAGCAUUAAAAUCAGGACUUGGUUUAGGUUUAUUAAGUGCAAUGCAACGUCAUUCGUCAACGGAUGACGCACUUGAUCAUAAUGCUAAACCACGAGGACGUAUUGUUGGUCUUAAAUUAGAUCAUAUUCAUGGUUAUCGUGGUUUUGAUUGUCGAGAUAAUUUAUUUUAUUUAGCUGAUAAUGAAUCAAUUGUAUAUCCAGCAGCAGGUGCUGGUGUUAUACAUCAUAUUCGUCAAGGUACACAAAAAUUCUACUUAAAACAUACAGAUGACAUUAUAUCAAUGGCUGUACAUAGUGGAAAAAAAUAUAAAAAUAUCGUUGCAUCUGGACAAAUUGGAGAAAAUCCAACUAUUCAUAUAUGGGAUCCAGAAACACAAAGAACACUAUCGGUUCUAUCUGGUAAACAUAAACGAGGUAAAUUAUAUUAUAUUUUUUUCUAUUUUUAA